AUGCAUCCUGGGCGAACUACUGGUAAGGGGCCCUCCACUCACAUUCAGAUUGACCAGCAACCUCCACGGCUUCUCAUUGUGCAUAUUGCUCUACCGUCCUGGGCUGACAUCUGUGCCAACCUCUGUGAGGCUCUGCAGAACUUCUUCUCUCUAGCCUGCAGCUUGAUGGGCCCCAGCCGCAUGUCCCUGUUCAGUUUAUACAUGGUACAAGAUCAGCAUGAGUGCAUCCUCCCUUUUGUGCAAGUGAAAGGGAACUUUGCUAGGUUGCAGGCCUGCAUCUCAGAGCUCCGCAUGUUACAGAGAGAAGGUUGUUUCAGAUCACAAGGCACUUCUCUGCGACUGGCAGUAGAAGAUGGACUCCAGCAAUUUAAACAAUACAGCAGACAUGUGACCACAAGUGCAGCCCUCGCUUAUACUUCCCUGGAGAUUACUAUUCUGACUUCUCAGCCUGGAAAAGAGGUGGUCAGACAAUUGGAGGAAGGGUUGAAAGAUACAGACUUAGUCAGUGUCAGGAGGCUUCAGGUCGUUGAGAUCGCAAAGGGAAUCCUAGAACACAUGGACUCAGUGUCUCCUGCUGAGGAUCUCAGCAAUGAUGAGAGUUCUAUUCUGGGAACUGACAUUGACCUUCAGACUGUAGACAAUGAUAUCGUCAGCAUGGAGAUAUUUUUCAAAGCCUGGCUACAUAACAGUGGAACAGACCAAGAACAAAUUCAUCUUCUUCUUUCUUCACAGUGUUUCAGCAACAUUUCCAGAGCCAGAGAUAAUCCAAUGUGCCUGAAAUGUGAUCUCCAAGAGCGACUGCUCAGCCCAUCCCUACUUCCUGGCACAGCUGACGGUUCCUUGAGAAUGGAUGACCCCAAAGGAGACUUCAGCACACUCUACCAGAUGGCUUCCCAAUCAUCGGCCUCUCAUUACAAGCUCCAAGUUAUCAAGGCUUUAAAAUCUAGCGGGCUCUGCGAGUCAUUGACAUAUGGACUCCCAUUCAUCCUCAGACCUACAAGCUGUUGGCAACUGGACUGGGAUGAGCUGGAGACAAAUCAGCAACAUUUCCAUGCUUUGUGUCACAGCCUGCUGAAAAGAGAAUGGCUGCUGUUAGCCAAGGGGGAACCACUGGGCCCAGGACACAGCCAGAGAAUCCCUGCCAGCACCUUCUAUGUGAUCAUGCCAUCACGCUCCCUCACACUGCUGGUGAAGGCGGUGGCCACGCGGGAACUGAUGCUGCCCAGCACCUUCCCCCUGGUAUCUGAGGACCCAUGCGAUGACAGCCUUAAGAUUGUGGAGAGCAUGCUAGACAGCCUGGAGCUGGAGCCCACCUACAACCCCUUGCAAGUUCAGAGCCACCUGUACUCACACCUGAGCAGCAACUAUGCCAAGCCUCAGGGGCGGCUCCACCCACACUGGGAGAGCAGAGCCCCGAGAAAGCAUCCCUGCAAGACUGGACAGUUGCAGACCAACCGAGCUCGAGCCACUGUGGCCCCCCUGCCUGUGACUCCUGUCCCAGGCGGAGCCUCCAAGAUGCCAGCAUCCAGCAAAUCUUCCUCAGACACCUUCUUUCUGCUUUCGGAGUGGGAGGAGGAUCCCUCAGGGCCCUAAGUCACCAGCACCAGAGCCUAACCACAUCCAUGCUCAAGUUCACAUAAUGGCUACCUGUGGUCAGACCUACUUUCUAUCCACCUGAGCCUCUGUGAGUGAGGGCUGACUGGGAAACAAGAGCCUUCCCCGCCUCUGUUUCAUGCUGUCCCACUCCUCAAGUGGAGAAGCAACACACUCGAGCCUUCGGCAAGGACUCUCAUUUUCUUUUGAAUCAUUUGAUACUGUUUACAGAGGUGAAGAUUAAACACCCAGUAAGCUUCCACCAUUGUUAGGAGCAUUCCCAACCCAGAAUUUCUUCUUGUAGCUCUGUGUAAGCAGGUGGAUGAGGUCACGUCACCUUUGGUAAACUGGGCCUCAGGAACAAGGAGGAGGUUUUCAAAGCUCAAAAAGACAAGUAGGAUUGAAAUCCAAGCCUUAUUUCAGAGCCUGUGGCCUUCCCGCUACUCCACCGGCCUUCAGCCUCCAAACAGACAAGUGCUUGGUACCUACAUGGAAAUUGUGUAUGUUGUGGGGUGGGAGUGCUGCCAUAUAGCCCAGAACAGGGGAGAGGACGGUGUAGAAAAGACCUACUCCUUUCCUGUUACCCUCUCCCCACACGCACCCACCUUCCUGUUGCUCCCUCCAUCCACGGAAUAGCUACCGUUUAUAAAAUAUUUCCACUAGGUUGGGAGCAGUGGCUCACAUCUACAAUCACAACACUUUGAGAGGCUGAGGCAGGAUGAUCACUUGAGGCUGUGAGUUCGAGACCAGCCUGGGCAAAAUAGUAAAACCCCCAUCUCUACAUAAAUAGUAAAUAAAAACUAAAACAAACAAAAAACCUGUGCUUCAGAUUACACUAAAUACUUGUAAUGUAUCUAAUUUCAUACAAACAGCCCUGAGAGGUAGAGCUCAUUAUAGUUUUCCCAUUUUACAGAGAGGCACAGGGGAA